UCUCUCCUCAUUCCCCCCCCACUCCCGCUUCAAAAAUUCGCGCUGGACUUAAAUUAAAGCCUUCAUGUGGGGCCACCAGCUCAGCUCGCAAACUCCCUGCACGCUUCUCAACGCAUCCUACGAAUUCCUACCGCUCCCCAGCUCAUCCCCAAUUCCAGCCUGUCACCUUCUCCAAAUAAAAUCCCCACGCUCAUCCUCUCUUUCCCCAAACCCUAACCCUAGGAGAAAAAAAAGGGGGGAAGUUAAGUUCCAGUCCGCGUCUUCUCUCUUCAAUGGACCCUUGCCCAUUCGUGCGGGUCCUCGUCGGGAACCCCCGCGCCGCCGCUCGCCCCGGCCGCUCCGGCGGCGUUCACCCUCGACCCCCUUGCUAUUGCAAGAUCCGCCCUCAACAAGCUCCCCUACCAAACCUCGCCGGUGAACUCGUCCCCGACGACAACUCCGGCGGUGACCAGAACCCCCAUACCCUAACCCUGGCCGCCAGUUUCCACCUCAGCCAAGCCUAUCUCGACAAGAUCGCCUCCAAAGCCGUCAUCUUCGCGGGGAAAUCGAAGCUCAAGGUCGCGAUCUACACUGGACGAAGAGGGUCUACAUGCGGAGUGAACUCUGGCAGAUUGCUAGGCAAAGUGACUCUGCCGUUGGAUCUGAAGGGAGUUGUGGGAAAAGGAUGCGUGUUUCAUAAUGGGUGGGUUAAUGUUGGGAGGGAGAGCAAGGGAUCGUCGGCGAUGCUGCACUUGACUGUGAGAUCUGAGCCGGAUCCGAGGUUUGUGUUCGAGUUCGACGGAGAGCCUGAGUGUAGUCCGCAGGUGUUUCAGGUUCAGGGGAAAAUGAGGCAGCCGGUGUUUACUUGCAAGUUCAGUACUUAUCGUCCUGGCGAUCGAAACUUGAGAACAAGUUCUCUGCCAUCUGAACCUACGAAUUCAAGAAGCUGGCUCUCCUCCUUCGGAUCCGAGCGCGAACGCCCUCUGAAAGAGCGCAAAGGCUGGUACGUCACCGUCCACGACGUCUCGGGCUCCACCGUCGCCAUGGCCUCAAUGGCGACCCCCUUCGUCGCCUCUCGCACGCACGACCGCGUCAGCAGCACAAACCCUGGCGCCUGGAUACUCUUCCGCCUCGGGAGGCACAUUCUCAAGCCCUGGGGCCGCCUCGAGGCAUGGCGCGAACGGCGCGGGUCCCGGACGGUCUCGCGCUACCGCUUUCGACUCAUGCCGAUGCCAACAACAUCAAUGGCGUCGGAGUCUCGCUGGCCGAUUUGUGAUCGACGCCGGCCAGGGUGGGAAUUCUCGAUCGAUCUCACUGGAAGCAAUGGGAUCUUGACGAGGCAUUCAUCGCCGGGUUGCAGUCCGAGGGGGAGUGGGGAUUUUGGGUAUUGUUUGUGGCAGUUUUCGAGCUAUCGAGGGUUUGUAAUGUCAUCAUCGGUUGAAGGAGAAGGGAAAUGUAGCAAGCCGGUGGUCGAGGUCGGAGUUCAGCACGUGGGGUGCACGGAGGACGCAGCGGCGUUCGUCGCAUUGGCGGCCGCUGUUGAUCUGAGCAUGGAUGCCUGUAGGCUUUUCUCUCAUAAGCUUAGAAAGGAGUUUUCCUUGCAGAGAGAGGGAUCAGGCUCAUUCUGAUUUGAAUUUUUUUUUUAAUUUUUUUAUGGGCGUGGGUGUGAUUGUUAAUUUUAGGGGGGGUGCUUUUGGCAAAUGUACAGAGCUGAGUGAAAUGUGUGUGUGAUUUUGAGCAGGUGUGUUUUCUUCUAGGUGUUUUUUGUGAACUAGAAGAGGGUAGCUAGCUGGUUAGUUUUUUGUAUUUUUGUACGUUCGAUUAAAAUAAAUUAAAAAUCAAAAUU